UAUUCCUCCACUUCAGGAUGUACCACUCUGAGAGCCCCCCUCGCACAUGGGACAGGUGUUUUAAUAAGACUGCCAAUUGAUGUUCCCAGUGUACUCUGCUACUUGCUGCCGCUGUGUGAAUUCACGGAGUAGUACAGAACUUAUUGUGGCCGCGCGAUAUCGCGAGACUUGUGCCAUUAUCAACCUGCUUGACACACAGCAGCGCUGAGUGCAGCCUGCCUUGCCAGGGUCGGGACUGAAGCUCAAGAAACGACAAGGAGAAGCGAACAUCUGGCCGCACAUCAUGAAAGGACGCCGGGGCUUCUAGGAGAGAACACGACGAAGCGGGCGGUAAUCAAUGUUAUGAAGGAAGAAUGGAGUUCCCAGACCAUAGCCGCCAGUUGCUGCAGUGUCUGAGUCAGCAGCGUCACCAAGGUUUCCUCUGUGACUGCACUGUUCUUGUCGGGGAGGCUCGAUUCAAAGCGCACAGAGCCGUGCUGGCCUCCUGCAGCAUGUACUUCCAUCUCUUCUACAGGGACCAGCUGGACAAAAGGGACGUUGUGCAUCUCAACAGUGACAUUGUGACAGCCCCGGCUUUCAGUCUGCUCCUUGAAUUUAUGUAUGAGGGGAAGUUGGAAUUCAGCACGCUCCCGGUGGAGGAUGUCCUGGCAGCAGCCAGUUACCUACACAUGUAUGAUAUAGUGAAAGUGUGUAAAGGCAAGCUUAAAGAUAAGGAACUCUCCUCUCUGGAUGAAAAGAUGAGCGAGGGUUUGGGACUCAGCUGUCUGGACAGGGAAAACUCCUCAGACAGCGAGCUGCACAGUAAGCAGCUCAUCCGGCGACAGCCCCAGACACAGUCUCAGGGGCUGCACAGGGCCCCCCCGGCCGAGGAGUUUGACAUGGACAACAGCGAAGUCAGGCUGGCUGUCACAGAUUGUGAUAGGUCUACACAGAGUAGGCAGAAGGCAAACGGUCACUCUGGCAGGUCCCCGGACCUUGUAGGUGUCAAUUAUGUGUCAGCAGAGGCCGAGCCCUGUGUCCAAACAGCUGGAAAAACAAAAGCUGAUGUCAGUAGUUCCACCGUAUCGCUGUCCCAGAGGUCCCGGGCUUCAGAUGACAUGGACUGUGCGCUGGAUUUGUCUUUCAAGCCUCUGUCUAGCAGAGAUCCCUUACACCCCUCCUACGUCUCGGGACAGCUGGCCCUCGACAGCCAGCAGCAGGGCACUGAGCCACUUGUUAAAGACGAACACGACUUGCUGUCAGAGCAGGAGGACAGUGAGCCGAUGAGCCCUGAGAGCCAGCGCUUUGGGAAUAGUGCCAGGAGCUCAGUGGUGACAGGGUUCGCUGCCCUCUUCCCAGGCAACAACGGCUCCACAGCCGCCCUGCUCUCCCAGGAGGAGGACCUGAUGGACGAGGAGGGGGAGGCCUGCAGAGGGAGGGAGGGCGCCCCAGGCCGGGAGGUAGAGGAGAGGAGGGGGAGGCUGCUGGGGGACAGCGAGGAGGAGGAGGAGGACGACUUGGCCUCUUCAGACAUCUCCACCUCCAGCGGGGUGCUCCUGCCCCCGGGGCAACAGGUGUGUGUGUGCCCCCUCUGCAGCAAAGUCUUCCCCAGCCCCCACGUGCUGCAACUGCACCUCAGCUCGCACUUCCGCGAGAAGGACGGCGCCCGCUCCAAGUUGUCCCCCGAUGGCUCGGUCCCCACCUGCAUGCAGUGCAACAAGACCUUCUCCUGCAUGUACACCCUGAAGCGUCACGAGCGCACACACUCUGGCGAGAAGCCAUACACCUGUGGCCAGUGUGGCAAGAGCUUCCAGUACUCCCAUAACUUGAGUCGGCACGCUGUGGUCCACACACGCGAGAAGCCCCACGCUUGUAAGUGGUGCGAACGGCGCUUCACCCAGUCAGGGGACCUCUACCGCCACAUCAGGAAGUUUCACUGUGGCCUUGUCAAGACUCUCGCCAUUGGAUAAAACCCACCUCUCAGCAGUGCCAUGACACAAGACAGAGUGUCUUUUCAUACACUGACUACUACUACUGAACAAAUUUCCCAUUAGUAUACACAUGUUGGCAGGCUGUUGGAGACAUAUCUUUUGGAUUCUACCCCAUGAGGCAUUUCUCAAGUUAAAGAUGUAGCAACACUUUAAAACUGGAGCCGUUUUUUUUUUUUUUUUCUUUUUUCUGUCAUAGGCAUACAUGGUGGUCAGAGGCUGUUAGGAUAAACAUGGGCGCUGUGAAACUUGAGCUGGAUCAGUGUGGAAGGAAGGUGAACAAAUCAGAUGAUGCACUUGUUUGUCUCUGUCUUGUUUGUGUCAGUCUGUUGAGUAUAUUUGCUGAAAGCACCCUAUAAUGGGCGAAAGUGGUUGGUAGCUAAUGCUAACACAUGUUAAUACAAUCGUCAGAGUGAGUGAGACUUUUAUUUGUGCACAUGGGAGAUCAGAACCGUCCGUGAGUAGCAAUAUAUGAUUUUUUUUUCAUUUUUUUAUUUUUUUUUUUUAACUCCUACAUUAUUAUUAUUAUUUAUUUUCUGGGGGGGGAUUUGUUUAGUCCUUAACAAGUAAACUAUCAUAAGGCAGCAAAACUAAUGAAGUCUGACUACUGGAAAUGUAAUUACUUUUCUUUUGUUUUUAUGGAAGUAGAUUUUUGUUCGGUUAAACUGAAGUUGGUUACAGUUUAUGUUUUUUUUAAUUAUAACAAGAGGCAAACAGACCAUCAUAUCACCAGGUUUCUUUCUUUCUUUCUGUCUUUUUUUUUUUUUUGCCUUGAGCACAUAUUGAUGGAAUGGCCUUCGAAAUGCUACUUAAAAAGAAGUUGUAUAAUCAGAGGAGGGGUAGUUUAAAGCCUGUAACACUGGUGCCUACUGAAAUUCUUAACACUUCACCUAGUGUACUUACUUAAGCAAGAAUAGGAUAUAUAUCACCAUGCCUUCUUGUCAAAUUCUCAAGUUUUCAGGCCUUUUUUUUUUAAAAAAAAAACAAGAAAAAAAAAUACAGAUUACACUCCACACAUACCAGGUGGUAACACAGGUAAUUGUCUACUCUGGAGCGCCAGUUGCUCCAAGAGUGUCCUUUUGAUUAAAUCAUUAACAAGAAUGUAAUAAAAGCAUGUGAAUCAAGCUCUUGUCAAUUUAAUGUUUAUUGACUCGAAAAAGGGUAAAUUACCUUGUUGCUUCCUGGUAUGGUGUAAAAAAAAAAAAGAAAAAAAAAAAAGGUUACACUGACACGGUGUGCAGGCAGGGAGGGGGGACAGGUGGAUAUCCAGAACAUUGUCGGUAUCAAAGCUGCACUCCACGUGCCAUCCAGCCGAAAUCUACUGAUUUUUUCUUUCUUCGAAUUAACCCGCUCACAUUAUCAUAUCUUCUUACUGUAUGCGUGUACGUUACUACUGAUGAAGCCUUUAGUGAUGACGCCCCCCCCACCCCCACCCCCGCCCACCCCGAAAGAAUCUGUUCACGGUGGCGUUGGCACUAAAAGUUCACAAUAUUUUGUCUAAUCUGUCCUGAGAAGACUUGAUCAGAAUUUAUUUAUUAGUUUGACUUGGUUCAGGGUUUACUGUAGGUGUAGUCCUUAUUUCUUAUAAGCUUGAAAGACGUCGCGUCUUGGCCUAGCGAUCUUGGUACUCAUUAACUGGUAUUGGGGGCUGUUAUAUCAUUUUUUUUUUUCCUCUGUGCAAGUUGAGUUACUGUAAUUGUAUUUUUAAUAUACCGCGUAGAAGAAAAAAAAAAAAAAACCUCUACAAGAGUAUUCAAGAUUUGUCACAUGGAACAUAGAGAAGCACUUGUUUUUAGCAUGCAUAGAAUUUCAACACUAUUUGUCUAGGCUGCUAUUUCUUACUUGUAUGUAUAUUUAAUGUAAAUAUAUAUUCUAUUUAUCGAAACUGUUUGUUUUUCCGUGUUACAACACAUGUGAGGUGGAGAGAAGAGAGUCGGGUGUCUUAAAGUGUCACGUCUUCCCAAGGGGAGGUUGGCUCCUGUUUUUUUUUUUGUUUUUUUUCCAUAUUCAAGCCUUGAUUAGGACUCACUACAAAUCAGUAGCGGUUAAUACCUCUCUGAGUGCUGUUCCGCCACAGGAGACAGUUGUUCACAAGCACAGCCACACUGAUAUGGCAGUGGCUGCCUAUAGAAAUUAGACAAUACAGGCAUUGUCCCCCCCCACCCCACCUUCCGCCAAACCCUACCCCACCCCACACACACACACAUAUCCACCACCACCACCAAAUCCCAGGUAGUUUCUCAAGGGAUCAUUGUGUAUCUCCCUCCGAGCUGUGGGGAGAAAAGGCAGCGCAAGUCUCCCUUUGCACUUUUCUGUAUUGAAUGGAGCCAUUGGAAUGUGAGAAAUGUAUUUUAGCAAAGGGAGACCAAGGACACUGUAAACAGGUGUAUUGUUUGGAGGCAUCAAAGACCAGCGCCCGCCCCCCCCCCUUCCCAAUCCCAGCAUGCAGCAGAUAAACGCUGCAUUGUUCCUCUACAUGGAGGAGAUGCCACGGUGAUUUGAUUGCACAUCUAUCGGGAGAAUAUCAGAUUAAUCCGACUAUUGUUUUCCAAGUGCUUGAUUUAGAAAGGUUGUUGAAGUUGACAGUAAUAAUAUGUCUGGUAACAAUGUUGGUGCUGACCACCUGUCCAUUUGCGCGUACGCACCUGAAGGUGGCUUUUCAUUUUGUUUUGGUUUUUGUGGGGUCCUUUUAGGUUUAUCGGCAAGACUUCUGUCAGGACACAGAAAUGAAUUCACGUGUGAUUUCUCAGCAUUUGCAAUUGUUUGUCAGAAUUUCUGUAAAUGGGGGAGGCCAAGUCGAGAGGAAAUCAAACCAUUUCUCUAUGAAUUGCUCUCUGUUUGUCAUCCUCCCGAGACUUGUGUGUAUUUCCUUUUUUUUUUUUUAACGAGAAAUGUGAUUUGGCUCCCCGUUUACUUGCACAAACACUCCUGUUGUCGUCGGAACAAUAGUUAAUGUUUCACACGUUGCGUAGUGUUAAUGUAUAUUUCAAUCAAAACACACAGGAAUGUAGAUUUGGUCACAGUUUCAGUUUUUUCUUUUAAAAGGAACUUUUCGUACAUGGUGCAAACUAAAUUGCUUGAUUUCCCCCGAUGUACAUGUGUACAGAGGUAGACAAAACUAACAAUAUGUGAAGAAUUGUUUCUUUUUUAUUGUUUGCGGUCUUUAUUUAUACCUCCAGGAUGAUCACCAAAUGUGCCUUGUAGACACACGAACAGGUGUUGCAUCUGGAGAAGCCCUUUUUCUAUAUUGUACAUUUUUGCCCUGGACGUUCACAUCACGGCGACAGUGAUUCACAACUUCCUGUUUAUUUUUUUCGUAUCAUAUCAAAAUGUUAAAAUCAAGACAAACUAAAAGUUUUUAGUCCAAUUGUUUUUGCUGCUUUGCGAGAGAUUACGUUUUGAGAUUCAUUUGACCAUUUCCUUUUUUUGUUUAUGUGAAUAAAUCUGUUGUGGGCAUGUUCAACUGAAGACAAGCAUUUCUGUGAUUGGGCUUUUUUAGCCGACACUACUGGGAACUAACAACCCAGUCGUUUAGUUAAUGUCACUGUUGAAUGUGAAACACUGAGAUGUUGAUUGUUGACUUGUACGGAAACAGCGCUACUCUUGAUCGAGGGCUGCGUUCGCCUAACUCAUUGCUGUAUGAUCUUUUUAAGUCUGGAAAAAAAGACUUUACUGAUACUGGAAUUUUUUUUUCUUUUGUCCUCUGCAGGUUACAACUGUGAAAUUGUGUAUAAUCAUGAGAAAUAUUUAUUAUUGCAUUUGCUUCUUGUGCAACAUUUGACUGUCUCAGUUUUAAUUUGGUUUAGAAAAACAAAAUGGAAAAAAAAAGCUUCUAAAUGUCGAACGGAAAUCUUUUUAAUAGAAUUUGUAGAAGUGCCAUUAGAAUUUAAUAUAAUUUUUUAAUAAGAAAGGUAUAUUUUAUAGUAAUCAAUUGCUUCAGUGUUAGUGGUGUAGAGAUUUAGAGGACAAUCUUUAUGCAGAAUUGACAUUGGUUAGAUAUUGAGGCAAUUUACGUUGAUCUAUAACUGUACGUGCAUUUUCCUUGUUUGCGCUUUUGGAGUGUGCUUGUGUGUGUGUGCUGUGGAAAUGUGACAAUCUUGAUUUAGGCCUUUCUUAAGAUUAUGCAUAGAAAUUAAAUGGAACAACUUUC